AUGUUUAACAUUUUCUCGCCACUUGACAUGUUCAGGGAACAGUUCCAGAGCGUCGAAGUGUCUUCUUCAGCGACAAGCUCAACAAAUAAGCUACAUCCACUAGAAGGAAUUGGUGUCCACCGUCGGCAAACAGAAUGCGAUGUUUCUCUUUGCGAGUACACCGAAUGGAGUGACUGGACAUUUUGCUAUUGCGCUAUUUGUAACGAGUUUGACAACACUACUCGACGCUCUUGUCUGCGACUUCGAAGCGUUGUCUUUAUACCAGACGGUUGUCAAGAUGAUGAUUGUGAACUCGACUUAAUCGGUGAUCUCCAAUGUUUUGAAAAAUGCUGUAACACACAUUGUGGAGUUACAGAGUGGAGUGACUGGUACUCUUGCAAUGAUACAUGUGACGGUAAUGGCAUCGAGUCAAGAAACCGUUCUUCGUAUCCUAAGGAAUGCUUUGUCCCGUGUACUUUCCAGCAGACAAGACCAUGUAGUGGAUAUUGCCAGACAGACGAAUGGAGUUCAUGGAGCUGUUUGUGCGAUUUAUGCGAACCAAACCAUUAUGAAAAUGAGACAAUUACGGGAACACUUCUUUACGACGGAAACGAAACCCUGCAUCGCAAUUGUACCCGUAGCCGAUUGGCUAUUACUCCGGAUUUAUGUCAAGGUUGUGAAUUAAUCGCAUUCGAGGAAAAUGUCUGCAUGGAGAAUUGUUCUUGCGACAACAGCAUCGCAUGUUCUGUCAAUGAGUGGGGGAGCUGGUCAGCUUGCCCUGCGACCUGUGGCGGUAACCAGAUUCGUACACGAUCUUACAGUGGAUGCACAGGGCCUCCUUGUGUCGGUACGCAACAGUCACGUGCGUGCACUGAGUGUGCUACCUGCAGUCUGUGUGACUAUAGUGAAUGGAGCGCAUGGAGCUCUUCGACUACUUGUGUUUUAUGUAAUACUGAACUUAGAUCUCUGGAAACACGAAGUCGAACCGCAAUUGAUGCCGACUGCGAUGACCAGUGUUUAGAUGUUCAGAGAGUGCAAUGUGGUGAUGCUUGUUGUGAUGAGGUCUGUGUGCUAUCUGAAUGGAGUGAAUGGACUUUAUGCCCUGAACCAUGUGGUGGAUCUCAAGAACGUACCCGGGACCCAAUGUUGUGUUUGGGCGAACCUUGUAGUGCGACAGAAGAGUCAAUUGAUUGUCCAGAAUGUGGUGAAUGCGACUUGUGCGAAGUAUCAGAGUGGACUACCUGGACAUGUGCCUGCCAGUUAUGCGACAUUACAGUCGCAAAACUAAAUGAACAAUGCUCAAGGACUCGAAUUGCCCUUAAUGAGCUUUGCGAUGCAUCUUGCUUCAACGCUGUGGAUGUAUUAUGUAACAACGAGACCUGUUGCGAUGAAUUCUGCCUUAUUUCAUCUUGGAGUGAUUGGGGGUCGUGUUCCGAAUCAUGUGGAGGAUCUAGAAAUAGAACCGCAAUGUACGAAGAUCUGUUUUGUUUGGGUGAACCCUGUCAAAAUACGAUCGAGUCAGAGCAAUGUGUGCCAUGCCCGACAACUGAAUGGAGUGAAUGGAGCUGCUCAUGUUCCUUGUGUCAAAGUACUUUCAGUUUAGCGGAUAUCUGUAUUCGAGAAAGGACAUAUGGUACAAAUAACCAAUGUAACACCAACUGCACUGAUUUAGUUGAGGUAAACGACUGCAUUAACUCAUGUUGUGAUGAGCUCUGUCUGGCUGAAGACUGGGGUGAGUGGACUACUUGUCCUCAACCUUGUGGAGGAACACAAAAUCGAACACGUCAGUACUCAACCGUCUUUUGCUUAGGUGAGCCAUGCGAAAUUACUUUCGAAAGUCAGGACUGUGCAGAGUGUCCAAAUUGUACACCCGUCGACUGUGUUUUAACUCAGUGGAAUGAAUGGUCGGAAUGUAACAACUCUUGCAGUGUUGGGAUGCAGACUAGAUCACGUGAAAUUACGACCAAUGCUGAGUGUGGGGGUGCAGAAUGUCAAUCAAUAGAUGAAGCACGUACUUGUGAAGGUGAAUGCCAGUUAAGUGAGUGGGGUAACUGGCAGUGUACCUGUUCACUUUGUUCUGGAUUUGUGGAUAGCUUGUAUAGCGUCUGUACGCGUGAACGUGACGUCUCUGGUCCAUCAUAUUGCAGUUCUGUUGACUGCGCCACCACUGGAGAAUCAGGAUGCACUACUGACAAAUGCUGCGAUGUGUUCUGCAUUGUUUCAGAAUGGAGCCAAUGGUCAGUUUGUUCCUCAAGUUGUGGGUCUGGCGUAUCUGGACAUGAAAACAGAACACGAACAUACAAUGCAUUGUUCUGCAUUGGUGCACCGUGUUCUGACUUGUAUGAGGAAAGAACAUGUACACCGGAUACAUGCUGUCCUGUCGAUUGCAUGGUUACACAGUGGAGUGAGUGGAGCGCGUGUAGUGUGUCAUGUGCUUCAGAAAAUGGAGUACGUACUCGUAGUAGACAGGUUACCCAAGGCACAUGUGGGGGCAUUCUUUGUACUGAUACUAGUACUGCUGAAACUCAAGAUUGUGCAGGUGAGUGUCAACUACUUGAAUGGAGUCCAUGGUCAUGUUUCUGCUGGUUUUGUAACACUGGUGAUAGUGUAUUCAAUAAUGUGUGUUCCCGUGAUCGGCAAGAAUUAGGAACUGAUUGCAACAGUCAAUGCGGUAGCCUUAGUGAGACUGUAUGUAACGAUGUAUGUUGUGAUAACAAUUGUAUCACUAGUGAAUGGAGCACAUGGAGUUCAUGUGACCAGCCAUGUGGUAGUAUUCUUGGAAAUCAGAUGCGCACAAGAACUUACAACCCAGCAUUUUGUAUAGGGGAACCAUGUAAUCAUCUGACAGAGACACGGAGUUGUGACCCUGGUUGUUGCCCUGUAAACUGUAGCUUCUCAGAAUGGACUGAAUGGUCAAAAUGCUCUGUGAUUUGUGCAGACGAUACUGGGAUCAAAAUUAGAACACGCGAUAUUCAGCAAGCCCAAUGUGGAGGUUCAUCGUGUGAAAAUGAAAUCACAAGUCAAACAGAGGUUUGUCAAGGUGAAUGCACGUUGUCGUUUUGGACAGAUUGGAACUGCCUGUGUAGUCAGUGUGCUACAGGCGAUAACGCUGAACAUCAAUAUUGCACAAGAACUCGAACUGAGAGUGAUGUGACCACAUGUGUAAGUAGCUGUGGUGAGCUCAUCGAGCAGGAAUGCCGGGAGAAAUGCUGUGAUCCAAACUGUACUGUUUCUGAUUGGGGUGUGUGGUCGGAAUGCAAUGUGCCCUGCGGCAGCACCUCAUCAGGCAUCAAGCGACGAACUCGAACCGCUCUCGGAACUUGUACUGCAGAGCCAUGUCUUACACUGGAAGAAACUGAUGCAUGUUCUGCUUCUUGCUGUGAAACGGACUGUGUUCUGCUAUCAUGGGAGCAUUGGAUGGCUUGCACCUCUCCAUGUGCAAACACACUGGGGAUCCGAACAAGAACACGGCCAAUAGUACAGGGAGCGUGCGGGGGACAGCAAUGCACAGAAAGUGAUUCCACGGAAACUGGUUCUUGUUACGGAACCUGUGAAGUUAGUGGGUGGUCAGACUGGUCAUGUGUAUGUGGUGUCUGCACUGCUGGCAACAUCUUAGAAGAGAUUUGUAACCGGUAUAGGAAUGAAUCAACAGACAUCAGUUGCAGUGAACAAUGUGGCGCGCUCUCAGAAACUAAAUGCGGAAAUCCCUGCUGUGAUGAAUUGUGCAAUGUAGGAAAAUGGACUCAAUGGACAGACUGUAGUGAACCAUGUGGUAGUGGUAAUACAGGAAUACAGACUCGGGAAAGAAGUAUCAUAUCACAAACCUGUCGCGGAGAACCAUGUCAUCAGUUAUCAGAAAGCAGAAUAUGCUUCCAAGGCUCUGGGUGUUGCCCCAUAGACUGUGAACUCGGCCUGUGGUCCACGUGGUCUCAAUGUAGCGCCAACUGUUCCAGUGACGCUGGAAACCAGACCAGAGCUCGUGGUGUGAUCACCCAGGACAGUUGUGGAGGUACACCAUGUGACAAUAAAAUUACCCUGGAAGACAAACCUUGCUAUGGAACUACUUAUCCUGCAAACUGCAUCGAAGGUACCUGGAGUGACUGGAGUCUGUGCGCCCUAGACAGUGGCUCAUGUGGUACUGGCACCCGCCAGAGAACUCGAGUCAUUGUCUCAGAACCCAUCUGUGGGGGACUUGCGUGUGGGGAAGAGUCAGAAGCUGAGAGCUGCCAGGGGUUAUGCUGUCCUGUCAAUUGUGAGAUGACAUCUUGGGAAGAAUGGUCCGGGUGUUCUACACAAUGUGGAACUGGUCAACAAACUCGACUGCGAACAAUUACGACCGCGUCAGACUGCGGGGGAGCAGUAUGUGAAGAAACUUUUCAAUCUCGGCAAUGCGUGGGUAGUGGGCCUAGCGAAUGUGAGUUUACAGAAUGGUCUGGUUGGACUUCAUGUUCCUCAUCAUGUGGAAUUGGCACCCAAACUCGCAGUCGAUCGAUCCUUACUCCAUCAAACUGCAGAGACAAGUGUAGCACAAUUGUUAUCGAACAAAAUCAAGGGUGCGAAAGCUAUGUCAAUACUGAUUGUCAGGUUGGUGACUGGAGCCAAUGGAGUAGUUGCGUACCUGAUUGCAUUGGUUUUACUAAAACCAGAUACAGAAAUGUAAAUCUGUAUAACUCUUGUAAUGGUCAGGUUUGCCCUUCGUUAAUUGAAACAAGCAACUGUAAUAUAUUCUGUCAGCAUUCGUGCUUUGGUAGAGGCCAAUGUAGCUGCAAUUCCGGUUACCAACUCACCGGAAAUUUAGCGACGGAAUGCCAGAUCGUUACCUGUGAAGCCCCAGUGUUUUCCUCUUGUCCAACCACACUAACCAGUGGUUCUUCUUGUGUCCCGCCCACAACAACAUGUGGCACGGGAACUAUUUACUCCUACAAUCAUAUCUGUCAGUUAUCAUGUGAAUUAAGAUCUGGUUAUAGCUAUGAAUUACAAGGGCCUAGCCCGGGAUACAUCCAAUGCUUAGCGACCGGACAGUGGAGCUACUACACUGAGGUGUAUUGUACAAUUGUCAAUAAUCCACCAACAGGGGUAACAACAUUUAGUGGUAACACAAUCAUGGUUGAAGAAAAUACUUUUGGAAAUGCGGUGGCGGUGUUGAGAACUGAUGACGUUGACGCUGCAUGGGAUGCGUAUACAUACACAAUAGUUGAAGAUGUAUACAACAUUAUAACAAUUGUCGAUAACCAAAUAUACCUUCGUCAGGCUCUGGAUUAUGAGUUACAAGACAAGUAA